AUGCAACGGUUCACACCGAGCCGACGCCUUUCCGAAAGCCGGUCUCUCCUGCCUCUUCUCUCCAUCUUCGGGUUUCCAAUAUUUUUCCCAUUGAGGACACCGGUUUCUGUGGAACCAUAUACAUACUCAUUUGGAGGUCCAUUUUUGGCGGCGUUGUGGUUCUACCAAGGUUUGGUACGAAUGGUGUGUGACAUCUCCAAAUGCAUCUCCUAUGCACAACUCCAAUGGUCGCUCACACUGGGUCGGGCUCUAGGGUUUCCUAGGCAAUGUUGUGGCAAAAAGAUCCAUUGCCAGAGGCAAGCUGGAGCAAGAUGA